CUUGUGUUAUCCAGCUAGUUCAAUUAUUUGAAUUUUGAGGCACUCAGCAUACUGUACCAAAUGUUUCCCUUUAAUGCUUAAUCAGUGGAACUUUCAUACUACUAAGUAGGAAAAUUGUUGAAGCAAAAUAUUAGUGUAGUUUAGUUUAAUUUAAAUAUUUCAUCAUCUGGUAGAACAUGUAGUGAUGAUUACAAACAAGUGUGAAAGUGCAUGAGUCAAUUCAGGGGCAAUUUUUGUGGACAUGGGACACCCAAUUUAGAAUCAACUUGCUUCAUUAUAUACCUAACUUAUUGCAUCUUCAGAAUCGUUCCUUUCUUAUCACUUCCCAUGAAUCUGUGUGUUUGAGAUGAAAUGGUGUUAAGGUUUCCCGUCAAGAUUUAAACAGUUGAGAACCUAUGACAAUUAUGGCACCUUAUUAUGAAACCCAAGUUUCCUAAUUGUCGUGUAUAUGUCACCAUGCUGCAUUUGUGUUUUGCUGACAAACAUUAAGGAUGAGAGGUUGAGGGUGCAUGAAAAAUAUGUAAAAGUCUUUAUAGAUAAAAGGCACUUCAUUCCGACUCUCUAUCAAAAACGGCUUCACUAAUCAGUGUCUUCAAAUUUAGUUAAAGAUAUGCCUACUCUACAUGAAAACCUCUGUGCUCGACGGCUUCAAAUUUACAUUUUCGUCACUGCUCAUGUGCUACUCGUCUUCUAGUUGCAUUCUAUUCGCUUCCUGUUCCCUGCUCCAUUUGGUAACACCUAUUUGGCUGCGAAUUAUGAUUAGCUUAAUAUAUUUAAACCCUGACCCUUGCAUAAGGACCUAUUUCUGAUUAUUUGUUAUUCCUAUUAAUUAUGUUUUUGCAAUGUUUUUACUCUGCACUAUGAUGCUCACUGAUUUGGUUGAUAAUUAAAUUCAAGGAGGGGGAGAAAAAGAAGCGGAGCUUUAAAAAUGGAAAGCUCUUUUGUGAUUGGGAGAAAAUUCUAGCUUUUUCUUUUCUGUUGAUACAUCUUAAAUUGAUUGAUUUGUAAUGUAAUUGAAGUGUCAAUGUCCACAAGGUAACAUAAGGCAUUAAGUGUAUCUUCUAAUUGGUAAGUUACUUUCUUUCCAGCUUCAUUGAUAACAUUAUUAAAAAUUAGAUAUCACAUGCAAAGGGAUAAAAGUAUGUGAUUGUGAUAUUACAUUAUCUUGUUCUGUUUUCAUAUAUGGUGAUAAGGUGAUUCAUAGUAUCUGAUGUAUAUGAAAUUUGAAUUUCAAAGAGAAAUUUUAUUUUUCUUAAGUGCAUAAAUGAAUCAAAUAUUAUUUUGUUUUAGUUCAGUGCAGUUUAUGCAUCAUUGCUGAGACUCUCAUUUACUUUUCAUUAGAGUUCACAGGAUUAGGGAGACACGGUUGAUUUAUCAGGACCUCUAAUAUCUCAAAUGCACACCGUCAAUGAGCUCUUAGAAAGACAUGUGCAACAUCUACGGCAUACUGUCUGGCGAUCAUGGUUUCAGAAAGGAAGGGCGACUAUUAUCAGUAUCUGGCCGAAUUCAAGUGUGGUGAUGAGAGAAAGGAGGCUGCUGAUCAGUCCAUGAAAACAUAUCAAGUUUUCUUCUAUUUAUCUGUGUGCUGUUAAGGGUGCUGGAUGUUUCUUCUUGCCAUGCCUUUUAGCAACAACACACCAGAAUCCAUACGACCAAUUUCCAUGCAGACCUUCACUUCAAUGAUUAACGAAAUUCUAAACCCUUCAACACCAAAAAGCACGGUUUCAUCAAUCUUCAAAACCCUAAUCCACUCCCUCCUCCAUUCUCCAGAAUCACACCACAGCCAAAUCCUCAAGCUCAUAACUGACCUCUCUUCCCACCACCCUUCCCUUGCCCAACUCGCCCUUGACUCGCUCCAAUCCAUGUUGCCUCAACUCACUGACCCGCCAAGUCAACUCACCAUUGAGUACCUAGAUGCACUUGUCAACAUCUCGGAGAGGCCCGUAGAGGUUGACGACUCUCUCUUCACAUCGAUAUGCCUGGCGGCAUCGUUUCCGGUGAGGCUUUGGAUGGUGAGGAAUUCAGGUUGCCGGGUCAUGGUUCGACCCGAGUUGUUGUACCCGGUUCUGAUGGGGAUGACAAAGGAGCCUUACCCAUGUUUGAGGGAGGAAGCAUUGGAAGCAUUGGUUCGGUUGGGAGAGUGUGCAGUUUUUGAGGAGGUAAGCUUGGUGAAAGGUUGCUAUGAGCGUGGUGUUCAGCUUCUAAGUGAUAACGAAGAUUGCGUGAGGAUCUCUGCUGUUCGAGUUGUAGCUCUAUGGGGCCUGAUGUUAGCAUCUUUUAAUGUAGAUACGAAGACCUAUUGGUCCAACGAAGUAUUUGCCAUGCUCUGUUCUGUGGUGAGAGAUAUGAACAUGAAGGUCAGGGUUGAAGUUUUUAAUGGCCUUGGAAAGAUGGAAAUAGUAUCCAAGGAACUUCUUAUGCAAAGCUUGUCAAAGAGGGUUUUAGUUUUGGAUCAAAGCCCAACUGAACAAUUUGUGCUGCUUGCAAGUAAUGUCGCUGGUGCACUAGUUCAUGGGGUUGAGGAUGAGUUCUUUGAGGUCCGGAAGUCUGUAUGCCAGUCCUUACGCGCCCUGACGGUACUCUCAGUUGAGUUUGCUCAUGCAGCCUUAAACUUGUUAAUGGAUGUCUUGAAUGAUUAUAAAGUGGAAGUUCGGUUCCAAGCUUUAGAAACUAUGCAUCACAUGGCAAUCAAUCAUUGUCUAGAGCUUCAGGAAAAUUACAUGCAUAAGUUUCUUGAUGUUCUAGAGGACAAUAGUAGUGAAGUGAGAUUUUCUGCCAGGAAAAUAGUUCGACUAAUGAAGCUAAGAAAUCAUUUGUUGUUCAAGUCAACUAUGGAUGUUCUUCUAAAAAAUUUAGACAGCUAUCCACAGGAUGAAGCUGAUAUAUUUUCUGUUCUCUCUCAUCUUGGCCGAAAUCACAAGCAAUUUGUAGAUUUAAUUGCAAAUGAAAUCGCUGAUGAGGUAGAAGCAAGUUUUGAAGGAAAUAGAGAAUUUAAUAGUGCAAGGAUGGCUGCUCUGUUAGUCCUAUCUAUAUCUGCUCCAUUCUUGAAUGCAGAUGUUGGCCCUAUACCACCAGUAAUAUUUUCUUUUGCGGCUACAUUUUUAAGUAGGAUUUGUUGCGCCUUUAGUGAUGUCAUGAAUCGGGACACCCUCUUGGAGUACCUUAUUCAGAAAAGCAGCUCGAUGGUGCAACCUGAAGUAAAUAUUAGUAAUGGGGAAGGACAGAAUCCCUUGGCUAAAGACAAUGUUCAAAAUGUUGCUGGCAAUGAGAUGAUUCAUUCUGAAAUAACUAUCAACAAUGGGGAAGGACAGUUGCCUUUAUCCAAAUACAAUGUUCAAAAUGUUGCUUUGGAAAUGAAGCCGCCAAAUGAUGUAGGCCAACAUAAGCGGCCAGUGCAUGAUAGUGUUGUUCUAACCUACAUAAAUUACAUCCUUGUGAAGCUCCCUAAUAUAUGGCCAAAGGUACAAUCUUGUUCUGCAAACGAAGUGCUAUGUUCCUUGAGGCAUUGGAAGGAAGAAUUGACAUCUUUGACAUUUGACUCUUCUGCUCCUGCUGAUGCUUCAGCAUUUGCUUUAUUGUAUCUUAAAAUAAUAAAGUUGGUCGUAGAAGUCUGGGAUCACUUGGUGCGAAAAACGGAGGUGGUCUCUGGAACGGUUGAAUUGGAAGACAAGUUGGAAAAGCUUGACGGGAGGGCUAAAGAAUUGAUGAAUCGUUUUGUAGGUUUCUCUGCAGAAGAGGAAAUCUCUGUUCUGGAGCUAAUUUUGUUGACUUACACCCUCAGGCUUUGCAGAGCUGAAAUCUGCAGUCGCAAUUUCAUAUUCAAGAGGAUGACGAUCAUAUAUUUACGCACCGAGUCAUUCCUUAAAUUGAGAUCAGAUGUUGCUUCCGGUUUUGUAGCUGAACUUGGGAGCUUAAUACGUGAAAGUAGCAACGGUGGAGCUUCCUGCAGUUCACUUGCAUUUGAUAACUGUCUAAAGUUGUUCUCCCCGAAGCGGUUGAUGAUUCGGGAAGGAAUCAGACAUAGAAGGGCAGAACUAAGUAUUCCUAACAAUUGCCCUGACUAUCCUCUUCCCUUUGCACCAGGACUAACUGCUAGUAUACCAUGUGACAUAACAAUACAUAACAUUUCAAGCAACUGCAGAGCCUGGGUUAGAAUGUGUAUAAAUGAUGGCUUUACACAACAUGUCUACUUAGAUUUGCAAAGUUUUGAAGUAUCUGGAGAGGUGAGAAAAAUUUCUUAUGCUGUGCCAUAUUACAGAACCCCAGAAGUUGAUUCUUUCAACUUGAAGGUUUGCAUUGGUUUAGAAUCUUUGUUUGAGAAUAUUACUCCAGUCCAGGCACAUGGGGGCCCAAAAUGUGAACUGGUACUUCUAUGUGAAGAGAAAAUAGUUUAUCUUUCGAGGGUCUUAUAAAAAAACUAAGUUAUGGCCAACUAUCUUUAGCUUAUCAAAGAUUAAUUUAUCUAAUAUUUUAAAAUUAAAUAUCAGAAAUUGAAUUAUUUUUUAUUCGAAAUUAAUUUGCAAAAAAAAUGUUGAAAUCAAAUUUUGACGGUCAAUAACCAACAAAGGAGGAUCCUGCAGCUAAUAAGUGCUCAAGUAAUGUAGUAACGCUUGCUUUUUAAUGAUUGUAAUUAAUCUAUAUAUUGAAUUAGGAGAUUGAAAACAUCUUUUUCACAUUUUAAGUUGAUUAAAAAUGAAAAAAGGGUGACUUGUAC